CAGUUUACUUUUGAAAUGCACUUUUAUUGUGGAUUUUAGAGAAGGUUAUGAUACCCAUUCACGUGACUCUGAAACUGAGUUCUCAAUAUAUUGUGUUUUUGGUGUUGUUGGUGUCGGGAAUGCUAUAAGAUGUGCGAGCUCAUGGAGCUAACAUGGGUGGAGUCUAAUUAUGAGGACAUGCAUCCGAUAUAAGUGCAGGGGUUUUCUGUGAAGGCCUACUUAGAUAUAUAGAUAUAUAUAUUUUUAAGAUUCAUUUGCUUUUUAUCAAAAAUUUUAAGUUUGAGGAAUCUCGAAGGACUACACCUUUUGUUUUAAGUUGUCUCAAGCUAAGAAUUUGACAUGAAUUUAUAAAGUGUCAUGCUAGGUUCCAGUUGAUUUGUGAUCUUCAACUAUGAUAAGACCUAUGUUGCCAGAUACCUAAUCACUCCUAGUCACUCCUUCACAUGACCUAUCAGAACAUGCUUAUAAUUAGUCAAAGCCCAAGCCUCAUUCAAGAGGUCAAUUGAGGUCAAAUCCAACAUCAAUAAUACAUGAUGGAAGAACUAAUCAAAUAUCAAAUCAUCCAAUAUUACAAGAGAGAUUUUUAGAUUAAACAAAAAUUAGAAAAUAAGAGCUCAUAAAUUUCAGAACUAGUUUUAGAAAUAGUCUAGUAUAAUUUGGUAUUCUGGGAGAAAAGAAUCGGCAGAAGGCUUCAUAUGAAGCUCAUAGUAUGCUAAACUGACCCAAAUCCACCUCAUCAUCGUGGGUUUGGGUACAGGGUUUGUGUUGAGAAGAAUGAUUAGCAAAAUUUGGCAGGCUCUUCGGAGUGUUUCAUAUAAAUCUGACAUGGCCAUAGGCAAUAAACAACUGGACUUUGUAAUCUUAUAAAUCCUACAUGGUCAUCUAUUACUUAAUCAAAAUGGCUAAGGUUUGAUUGUUUUGUAGUUCUCGAUAUAAAACUUAAACGCUAAACCCUAAACUCACAUUCACAGGUAAGAGUGUGAUGGGAUCUCCCAAUUUCGUACUAUUUACCAUUCCUGAUUAACUAGUUCUACAUAAAGCCUCUAGGUCUGCAAAAGUUUGGAAUAUGUUAGAGAAAAUUAUAUUUAUGCUCCUAAUUAGAUGUUUAGUUAUUUAUCAAUCUCUAAUCAAAUAUUUUUACAAAACUCUACAGUUUUUUAAAAGAGUUGGACAUGUGAGAUGCAAUUGAGAGGAAACAUGAGUAGCUGGAAUCUUUUGUUUUGUAAGUUGAUCAGAAAUAUUUGGCUUUUGACUCUCUCCUCUGCAAGUAGCAUGAUUUGAAGUAAGAUGAGUCUGUCUAUUAAAGACAAGAAAAUCAAUAGCCAUGAGGUGGCAGUUGGAGAUUCAAGAAGUUGGCAAUAUCAAUAAUUUUAAAAUCGACACGUGCAUAUGAUUGCUUAGAGAUAAAAAAUAAAAAUUGUCAUAUCUUAUCGUAACAUUUCCUGACAUGACAAUGCAUCAUAAAAUUAUUUUCGAAGAAAUUUUGCAUAUCUUUGUUAUAGAUCUCAAGUUAAGAUUUAGAUUACAGUUAAUUGGGUUGGGGGUUUGAUCUUGUUGAGUUGGGCUGCACCUUCGUGUCUGUCAGUAUGGUCACCUCAUUUGAUUAUGCUGAAAUGGAUUAAAUUCGAUGGAACAAAAAAGUGAUUUCACUCUAUCCAACCUAAAUUGUUGAUGCUUUGGUUUAGGAUCUAAUUCUUAGAUAGAAGCAAGUUCGAAUCAGGCAUAAUUAUUUAAACUUGCUCACAUGGUUGAUAAGUGAAAAUAUAAUGCGUUCAGCUAUUUGUUUAGGGCGCUAUAAAUUUUAGUCUUUCUUUGUAGGGAUAGUGCUAGAAAAGGAACUGCUUUAGCUCUGGUUAACAAUGGGCAACUUUUUUUUUUCUUACAAAAACUUUCUUUCUGGAUUCUAUUAGAUCAUUAUAUAUACCCGUAUAUAUUCUUAAGAUAAAUGUACAUAUUUAGCUUCUAAAUGCAUACUAUAAUCAUUGAUGUGCAUGUAUUGGUAAUGGACGUGUACAUAAUAAUAGUUAAUGCCUACGUAUGAUGUUUUUGGUAGUAACUGCAAGUGCAUAAAUAUAAUGUUUUGCGGAAGUGGAAGAUGAAUGGUUUAAUAUUAUUUCAAAAACAAAAAGAAAUGAUUUUCUAUUAAAAAAAAUCUCUACUUUGUGGUCAUUUGGGUCAGCAAGAUCAGUUCAGGCCACAUGGGCAGGUUCCGGCUUUGGCUGCAUCAGCACGACCCAACCUGGUGCCAUUGUUAGCAGCCUGAAGCCGUUUCUCCAUUUAGCCUACUUCUGUCUCUCUCUCCCCUUUCUCAAUCUCUCAAAUUCGACCUCCCUCCUCUUUUUCUCCCUGCUACUGGGCCAACACUCUCUUCCCAUAACCAUGCUGUCAACAAAGAGACUUUAUGCUGCUGCAUGUACAACAAUGGCGAAGGGAGUGAUAUGGGCGACCGCUGAGGAUUUGGCAAGGAACCAAGGGAAAGUGUUGUCAUUGUAUCGUCAAAUUCUGAGAAGCCUCAACUCCCCUGAUCUCCCACUCACCCCUGCUGCCCGCCUUGCCAAGAAAGCAGAGGUUCGCACCAUAUUCCUGUUUGGAUCCGAGGAGCAAUCCCUCCACAACAUUGCAGAUCUCAUUGAUGCUGCUGAGUACUCCCUCUCCAUCCUUAAGAAGGGAUGCCUUCUGUAAAAGUUUACAUCUCUUACGAGUUUUCCAUUUUUCACAUUUCAUUUUCUAUCUCUGAACUUAGUUUUGCUCAAUAUGUUAUAUGGUGAAUCUUGAAGCAAGAUGUCAAGUUAGAUGCAAAGAUGGAAUGCCUGUAUUUCAGCAUGUAGAAUGACAGCCUUUUUGAAUGUCGUGCUGAUUUGCUGAAAGCUUUUGCCAAGGAGUUCUAUACUGAAUUUUGUAAAAGUUUCUGGAGGUCUCUGUUUGAUGAACUAUUCUCGUUUUCUCCAAAAUUUCAGUGAAGAGUAGUUUUGGUCUUGCUUGUC